CUAGCAACCUCCUGGCUCCUCCCUCUGGUGUCUCGGGAAAACCGCUCCGCCUGGUCCGUGCGUGAUCACGGCCCGGCGAGCGCCUGGGGCUCGGCGGAGCUGAAGACGCGUGGAGCAGUGCGGAAACUCGCGAGUUGUGCAGUGUACUUAUCAUUUAUAUUUUAAAAAUAAAUACUAAACUUUGGUUGGAAUGAAGAAUGUCUGUUAAUCCACCUAUAUUUCUUGAAGAAAGUGAAGAAAAUACUUCAGAAUUUGUGGAAACAAAACAGUUACAACCUACUUCCAUAGCUUCAGAAGAUCCCCUUCAGAACUUAUGCUUAGCAUCUCAAGAAGUUCUUCAAAAAGCUCAGCAAAGUGGGAGAUCAAAGUGUCUCAAAUGUGGCAGUUCAAGAAUGUUCUACUGCUAUACAUGUUAUGUCCCAGUUGAAAAUGUACCUAUUGAACAGAUUCCACUUGUGAAGCUUCCAUUGAAGAUUGACAUCAUUAAACAUCCAAAUGAAACAGAUGGCAAAAGUACUGCUAUACAUGCAAAACUCUUAGCUCCUGAAUUUGUAAAUAUUUACACAUAUCCUUGUAUUCCAGAAUAUGAAGAAAACGACCAUGAAGUAGGCAGCUUAUUACAAGUUGAAUUGAAAACAAGAAAAACUUGCUUUUGGCGCCAUCAAAAAGGAAAGCCAGAUACUUUCCUUUCCACAAUUGAAGCCAUUUACUACUUUCUAGUAGACUACCAUACUGAUGUAUUAAAAGAGAAAUACAAAGGACAAUAUGACAAUCUUUUAUUUUUCUAUUCUUUUAUGUACCAGUUGAUAAAGAAUGCCAAAUGCUCUGGAGAUAAGGAAACAAGAAAACUUAUCAAUUAG